GAUGGUGGUGGUGAUAUAGUUGAAGCAGUACCAAACCUGAAGUUGCUUCAGCAUCAUCAUUGCGAAGUGCUAGUGAGUAUGACAAUUCAACUCCAUUGGUCCAGGUUAUGACAUACAAUAGCGUUGAAGUUCAGGAGUUCUCAUCUGAUGUGCAAGACAGUGGGGAUGUUAAUGACAGUGCAGAUGCAGCAAAGUUGAUUGAAAAUAUGGGGUUGAGUAAGGAGGUAAAUGGUUCAUCAGAAUAUGGAGGCGAAGAUGAGAAUGGGACGACUUUCAAUGACACUGAUCGAGCCGACACUGAUGACAACGACGAUAAUAAACCAGAGCAUCCUGGUGAAGUGUCAAAAUACGAAAGAAAUCUGGAACUUCUUAACAUCAUGACACACUCCAUUUUUUUGAGUUUUCUGUUAGGAGCGCUCUCUCUCUCUCUCUCAUGUGUAUUGUGUAGAAUAUAUGUACAGAAAUUUCUUAGCUUAGUUUGCAUGUCAGGGUUGAUCUGUUAUCUAGUUACAGCAUAGCCUAGUUGAUUUUGUGUAGUAUCACCAGAUGGUGCAUUUUUCGACUCUCAUUCAUAUCCGUAUCUCAUUUUUUGUGCCAGUUGGACUUCAUUUCUAUUUUUUUUAAUGGAUGAAAUCGACAGCAUUGGAUCUGCUUGAAUGGAAUUUGGAUCUGGUAAUGGUGAUAGUGAAGUGCAGGGGACGAUGCUGGAGCUUCUCAAUCAACUAGAUGGAUUAGAGCAUCUAACAAAAUCAAAGUACUGAUUUCAUUCUCUUAAACUAGCAACAUGAGGGUGCUACUGCUCUGGGUCUUCCAGUUGCAACGAGUG